UCUAGAGAAGGUGUGGUUUCGCAAUUUAACCCACAGCAUUGUGGGAAGGUUAACGAUGCCUCUUCCAUAUGAAUCAUUUUUACGCAAUAAUUUAGAUAACAUAUUUUUCCUCAAGAUUCGGCCUUAGCCUCACAUUGCAGCUUCACGAUGUUGCGCUUCCUGCUGCUGUUCAGCCGGCAGGGGAAGCUGCGACUGCAGAAGUGGUUCACUCCGGUGACUGAGAGAGAGAAAAAGAAGGUGAUCAGGGAAAUGACUCUGAUGGUGCUGGCUCGCCCUCCCCGCUCCUGUAACUUCCUCCACUGGAGGGACCUCAAGAUUGUUUACAAGAGGUAUGCCAGCCUCUACUUCUGCUGUGGUCUGGAGGACCAGGACAAUGAACUGUUGACCUUGGAGGUGCUGCACCGAUAUGUCGAGCUGCUGGACAAAUACUUUGGCAACGUGUGUGAGCUGGACAUCAUCUUUAACUUUGAGAAGGCCUACUUCAUCCUUGAUGAGUUCCUGAUGGGAGGAGAGAUCCUGGAGACCUCCAAGACAGCUGUGGGCAUUGCUAUGGAGGAGGCAGAGACACUACAAGAGACAAUGGAGGAGUAUAUGAGUAAACCGACCUACUGAACCAAUAACAGGGACAUGAGUCGAACCUUAAGACUGAAGAAUCCUUUCCUCAGUUGCCAUAAGUGCCACAACAUUUAACCUAUUAAACUGUAAUACACUCUUCCAUUCAGACAUCACACAUGGUAAUACACUCUUCCAUUCAGACAUCACACAUGGUAAUACACUCUUCCAUUCAGACAUCACACAUGGUAAUACACUCUUCCAUUCAGACAUCACACAUGGUAAUACACUCUUCAAUUCAGACAUCACACAUGGUAAUACACGCUUCCAUUCAGACAUCACACAUGGUAAUACACGCUUCCAUUCAGACAUCACACAUGGUAAUACACUCUUCCACUCAGACAUCACACAUAAUAAGUAAUACACUCUUCCACUCAGACAUCACACAUAAUAAGUAAUACACUCUUCCACUCAGACAUCACACAUAAUAAGUAAUACACGCUUCCACUCAGACAUCACACAUGGUAAUACACUCUUCCACUCAGACAUCACACAUAAUAAGUAAUACACUCUUCCACUCAGACAUCACACAUAAUAAGUAAUACACUCUUCCACUCAGACAUCACACAUAGUAAGUAAUACACUCUUCCACUCAGACAUCACACAUAAUAAGUAAUACAUUCUUCCACUCAGACAUCAUCACACAUAGUCUGUUUUAUAUAAGUACUUUCUAAAAGAUGCAUUAGGAGUUUUAGAAUUCAGGAGUUUGUUUUAAAACAGUUUUACUUUUUUUACUUUGAGAUAUUUGUUUGUGUUUUUAGUUUAAACUUUUUUAUAAUGACAUUAUAUUUGAUAGGAUCAUACAGGUUUUAAAAAAUUGUAGCCUACUUUGCCUUAUGUGAUUUUCAAGCAAAUCAAUGUUAUUUUAGAAUAUUGCAGCUGCUUUUUCAAAUGUUUUAAUUCAGUUGUGAGUUGAUACAAAGGAUGGUAACAACAUUAGCAUUUUGAAAGUCACAUUUCUUAUUGUAAUUCUAUGUUGGCUAACGUAGCCAUUGCCUACACAAGCAUAGUGCCUUAUUGUAAUAUUUAUCAGUAGUCAAGCUCUAGCCAGAGGGUUCUAAGGCUGAAGUUAAAGGUGGACAUUUUGGAAAGUGUUGCAAUACCGUUAAAGUUGUACUAUCUGAGUAGUUUUGUUUCCAGAAUAGUCUUUUAAAUGUUAGUUGGAGUACGUUGUUUCCAACUUUUGAAAAUUGAUUAUUGCUA